GUGGUGACAUGGCUUGUCUUGCCGAUUUUGGCGGUCUUAUCCGGCCGAUGUAUCAUUGAACUAUUGCCUGCCUUCGUAACCCGUUGAAAGUGUGGAGCUGACUGGACCGUACCAUGAUUCCCCAACGCUACUGGACCGAUAUCGAUGACCAGUCGAGACCCCAUAUGCGAAGUCCAUCCUUCACCAGGAAAAGUGCCGAUAUUGAGAUUCGAAGCGAUCAGCGAAAAGCCGAAGCUCGCCGGCGCUCGCAAAGACCGGGUUGAACUGACGUACGGCGCUUGGACGCACAGGACUUGCUUCGCUGGCUGGCUUUUUACUAACCGAUUUGGCAUAUUCGAAUGGUGCUUCCGAUCAUAUCUGGUAACGCCCACACACAUUUGCGUCGUGUAUCUGUCACCGUUGCAUGGCGUCCACCAAAGAGAUGUCCUCACGUCUGAUGAACCGUAUGGAAUGGCUUCACCAAAAGAAAUGCUGCCCAAAACUACGCCGGUCCGAUAUCGACGACCAUUUAGGAAUGCACCUGGCCUUGGGCCGACCGUCGCACCGUUAAACCGGCCCAUCUUUUUUAUGCUGUCUUGCGAUGGAAACGCCCACUGUAUAUUUCAACUCAUCUCAGUCUUUCCCAAGCCAUGGCGGUCUAUCCAAGAUCUUUGCGGCCAUGGUGCCGGCCGGGGGAAAUCGCUUUGCCAUAUCAUCUGUGGACCGACAUCUCAUAGUGCAGGAUUGAGUGAAAAAGCCAACCGAAGAGGGGUCCCCUCCCACGCGUUUUUCCCUUCCCGGCGGUCCCUUUUUUUCCCCACUUUUGCUAUCACACCCUCGCUGGUUUCUUACGUUUUCGACUCCCCACCGUUCAAUAAUCAAACGGACGUUUCGUAUCUCUCCCUCUCUUCAUUUCUCCUUCGCUUCAUUGCGCCUCCCUCCUUAUCCGUCCGGUCGUCCAUCGCCACGGACUCUCUGCAUCCGUGCCAUUUCACACCUCGGAAAUCCUGAACUCAAUAUCAUCACGCAAUCAAUCUUGCUCACCACGCCUGAUAUCGAGCGACCAUUCCUUCCGGAACGUGCAAGCAGCAAUCGCUCACCCGCACCGCGAAAUUGCACUGGUCUUCGCGUUAUCUUGUAGCACAUACCAAAAACCGUACCGACGCGGGCGAUAUUCACAUCUCGCCGACGAAGGACUACGGCACGUCGACUUGAAAAGCAAUUUCUGGAGGGAUAUCGCCGACCGGUCGUACUUGCAGCCGGUGAUGGAAGUGCCCGCCGCGCCAUUGCUCGCAUCGCCGUCUGGUACUGUUUGCGUGCCGGCGCUGUGUGCCGGGCCCCGGCGUGCGCUUCGAAACUUCGGACGGCCGGCG